AUGCACAGACGUGUCGUUAAAUGCAUAAACAACCUGAAGCGCAAGAGGAGCGUGUGCAGCGUAUCGUAUGGCUACCUAAACUUAACCGUUAAUGAUAAAAUUGCUCCUUACUUUGAAGGGCUAAAAAAAAAAAUAAUUUAUAUUAACAAUUCCAAGGAUUGCAAAGCAUACAUACAGGAAAUUAAGAAAAAUGUUCUACUUGAAAAGUUAAGUAUUAUCGGUUUGGAUGUCGAAGGAUACAAAAUUGGAAGAAACGGGACAGUAAGUCUUAUACAAAUAUGUGCACGAGAUAUAUAUCUUUUCGAUAUAUACAAAUGUGAUAAUAGCUAUUUAUUUAUUAAAUAUUUAAGGGAGUUAUUAGAAGACCAACAAGUAAUAAAAAUUUCACAUGACUGUAGAGAGGAUUGCUCCAUAUUAUAUAACCAAUACAACAUUAACCUAAAUAAUAUAUUCGACACACAAGUAGCGUAUAAUUUAUUUUUAAAAGAAAACAAAAAGGAGCUAUAUCAAAUAAGUUAUGAUGAUUUAUUGUAUAAAUGUUUACUUUUAAAUAAUAAACAUAAAAUAUAUUUUCAUAAAAUUAUUUCUCUUGACCAAAAAAUAUAUUUAAAGAGACCCAUAGCGAAAGAACUUAUUCAUUAUGCUGUUCAGGAUGUUUUAUAUUUAAAGCCACUAAUGUCAAAUUUGGUGGAUAGGCUAAUAUGUGUGUAUAAAAGUGGUCAGGCAGAAAAUGGCAGUUUUCGCAUGGACAAUCAAGUCAGCAUAUUAAAUGUUAAACACGUGGGAAAUGAAAAUGAACAUAUUAAUCUGAAUGAAUAUAGAACAACUUUAAUAAAACAUGUAGUAAAAAUGAGUGAACAGUAUAUCAAUUAUCAGUUUUUAAAUUCUCAUAUUAAAAAUGAGAAACAACUUCAAAAGGGAAUGAUUCUAGAUGGUAUGGUAGUUUCCUGUAACACUUUAAAUCUGUAUUUAAAAUUGAAUUUAAGCAGGAGGGGUGUAAUAACAAACGUUUUAAGGAAUCAAUUCGAAAUUGGAGACGUGGUUAAAUGUGUUAUCCUAGGAUUUGGAAGUAAUGAUUACAUCAAAUUAGGGUUGUUUGGCCCCUCCCCCACUGUACCUCAAUUUGUUCAAUAA